AUGUUCACACGAGCAGGAAUAAACGUACCUGAUAAAUACCAGGAAAGGGCAUUGGCAAGACGAAGGGGUGCAGGCUCUCACCAAACCCAGGCACGCAACUUUCAAAUAACCGUGUCCAAAGACUCCAACUCGGUAGAUUCUCAUGCAAUACACGAAAAUCAAUCCUCAUACGAAGACUUCCAACCAAUCUCGACAAAAUCCAACAGUCACAUAAAUAGUAAUAAUGAUAGAAACGUUGAAAAUGGUAAAAAUAAUAAAUCGUUGUUUCUCCGAGUAUCCGACACCUCAAGUCAUAGCCCGAUUAUCGAAGAUAUCCUCAAAUCUUCUAAUUUUCCGGUUACCAGAUCUGAUAGCAAAGCAGCAGGCACACAAAAAAACUACCAGCUUUCUUAUUCCCGUCGCGAUUUAACUGUCAUAACACCACGGAAUUGUAUGUCAUCUAACACCUCUACCCCAACAAAAGUAUCCACGUAUACCCCUACCUCCUCUUCAAAGCAUGCUUAUAAGAGCGCGGGGCAUAAGAGAGUUAUCGCAAGCAAUAGCUCGGAAGACGGACAUAUUGCUCAUAGUGGGGGAAAGAGUAGUGGUGGAAAGGAUAACAGAAGAAGUCGGGGUAAAGUGACUAAGCCGAGAGGAAGGGGAAAUGGGGCCAGUACGAAAAAGGGAAGAACAAAGAGCAAAGCAACGGAAAACAGAAAUGGCAGGGUAAAGAUAGAGUGUCAUAAGAUAAAACGGGCAGUUGUAAAGGGUGAGCAAGGAGAUACAAUACAAGAAAGCAGUUAUGUUGCUUUGAAUGAGGUUGAUGUCAUUGCUGAUGAAAUCAGAAAGAGUAUUGAGGAAUAUCUAAAUGACAUCGAUAGUGAUCGAUUAAGAAGGGAUAUUAGCCUAUAUGAAAAAGAAGUGGAACUCCGUCUAAUAGAACAGACCGAUUUAUCAGACGACCGAGUAGAACUGAAAAAUCGUCUUCGCAAAGCCAAAUUGAGGAAAGCUGUUCUGCGCAAGGAGCUUUUAGCUCUGCAAAAAGAACGGGAGCAAGUACGUACGGAGCUUAGUAAACUCCGAGCUGAAUAUGAAGCUGAAGAGAAAGCGAGAAAGAAAUUAGAACAAGUUCAUAACUUUCUUACGGAAUUGGAAUUGCUUCGAGAAUCUGUUGCUGCUGAGCAGAAAAAUGCAUUAGACUUGGAAAGUCUUCAUGAGAAGGAUGGCUUUGAAGCCCUUUUAUCAACAAUCACAUCUCAUUGCAGCAGCUUAUCACUUUCACUUGUUCCUUCAGCAUUAAAUCGACAUGCUGAGGGUAAUCUUGCGGUUUUGAAGAGAUUUAAUAAUUUUCUUGAAGCAUGUGAUAAGGUUAUACGAGAGGGGGCUGCCAUGGAGAUGUGA